GUAAAAUGGGUAAAACAAGGAAAAAAUAGGGAGAGAACAGAGCUCGAUCGGAAUUCCGAAAGUUCCGAUUUCCGGCAUUUUCGAUAUUUCCGAUCGACCUCUGGUGAGAAGAAAGACCCGUCCCGAGCCCCUAAACGACGUCAAGGACAUCUAAACGACGCUAUUCUACCUUUUAUAUUUUUAGCUUUCUUUAUUAUGAUCGAAUCUUAAAUCCGCCUCUAUAUGGUCAUCCAUUUAUUCCCCAAUCUCAUUUAUUAAACAAUUCAUUGGGCAUGGAACUCGAAUAACUCCCUAAUUUUACUUGGGGAAAGGGAAAACUUUAUUAUUUUUAUUACUGCUUUUAUUUUUAAAUAAAUAUUUGUCUUGAUUUAUUUUUUAAAUUUAUUUUUCUCGUUUAAUCGAUGCAUAUUUUAAUUUAAAAAAUUAUUAAUAUUUUUUUAAAUGAUUUUAAGGAUGCUUAAAGUGUUAAAAACUUUGCGGAUUAAUUCUUUGCGUCAAUUGAGCAAGUUUGCUUCUGCAAAUGAAGCUCUGGAACAACGCGGGGAUGUUUUAAAUUUGUCUGAACUUUCUAAUGGGCUUCGUGUUGCUUCAAGUUUGAACGGUCGACCGACUACUACGAUUGGUGUUUGGAUCGCUGGCGGUUCCCAACUUGAAACCAACGAAAAUAAUGGUGUGGCUACUGUUUUUGAAAAUAUUGUUCACAUGGGCUCAACAAAGCGUACUUCUAUUGAUCUUCAAAAAGAUCUUUCAAAAAUUGGAGCAAGUUUGUUUUCGUAUACAUCAAGAGAGCACUCCACAUUUUUUGUUGAAUGUUUCCCUAAUGAUGUUGAGAAAGUUGUUGAAAUCCUCUCUGAUGUUUUGACAAAUACAAAUAUUGACCAAUCCAAAUUAGAACAACAAAGAGCCGAUGCUCUCAAACGUUUAGAUUCUUAUGAAGACGAAAAUCGACAAGGAGUUGUUAUGGAUUAUCUUCAUAUGACUGCUUUUCAAGGAACUACAAUGGCUCAUUCUCCUCUUGGAAACUCCAAAGCUUUAGAAUGUGAAGACUUUGGCUGAUUUCAAGGCUGAUCUUUGCAA